AUGGUCCCGGGAUUUCAUGUUCAGACAAGAGAACAAAUUGAAAAGCAACAGUUUUUAUUGUUACUAUCAACACUCAUCCUUUGCAACUUCUCUCAUUAUCUUCCUCCUUCCAUCUUUCUCAUUUUCUCUAUUCUCUCUCUCUCUCUCUCUCUCUCUCUCUCUCUCUCUCUCUCUCUCUCCAUCGACCCCAAAAUAAGCACAAACAAGACGUCUCUCAUUCUCUCUCUCUCUCUCUUUUCUUUCUUUCUUUCUUUCUUUCUCUCUCUGUCUCACUCUCUUUUAUUUCUGUCUAACCCUCUCUCUCCCUCUCUCUUUUCUCUCUCCCUCACUGUCUGUCUCUCUCUCUUUCUCUCUCUCGCACCUCUCUCUCAUUCUUUCUCCCUCUCACUCUCUUUCCUUUUUUCUUUCUCUCUGUCUCUCUCUUUUUAUCUCAGUCACCCUCUCUCGUUACUGCAUCAAGUUAUAUUUCCUUUCUCUAUCUGCAACCCUGACUGCAAAAGGGAUAUGCUUUUUGUAGAUGGAAUAGAAAAAAUUACAUUUUUCUUCUUUUCAUCACUGGCUUUUUAA